AUGUCACAUUUAUUAGAUAGUGAUAUGCCACGUGGUGACGCAAACCGUUAUCAUUUAAAAAUCGGCCCUGGCUACAAUUUGCGCAACAUACUAAAGUUACAAAAUUCUAGUACUACAAAAUUCCUCAAGUGUUCCUGUUUACCGCUGUCGCCUUGCCUAAAACCUACUCCUCCCAAAACUAAAAGAGAACUCCUUUGUUCCUCCACCACACAAUCACAAAAUGAUGGAAAAUGUGACAAAAAAUUGUUUAAUUUUUACUUGAUGCUGACCUCCAACAAAAAGGUUUACAUGGCUAAGCUCGCUGAGCAAGCCGAACGUUACGAUGAAAUGGUUUCCUACAUGAAGGAUGUUGCUAAGCUCGGAGUUGAACUUACUGUUGAAGAGCGCAACCUUCUUUCAGUGGCUUACAAGAAUGUUAUUGGUGCUCGUCGAGCAUCUUGGAGGAUUAUUUCAUCCAUUGAACAAAAAGAAGAGAACAAAGGCAAUGAAACCCAAGUUCAAAAGAUUAAAGCAUAUCGCCAAAAGGUCGAGACCGAACUUUCUGAAGUUUGUUCAGACAUCCUUGCUGUGUUAGAUGAACAUCUGAUUCCAGCUGCCGAAGCCGGUGAAUCCAAGGUCUUUUACUACAAAAUGAAAGGUGAUUAUCACCGAUACCUUGCAGAGUUCGCCUCUGGUGAGAGGCGAAAAGAAGCCGCUACUCAAGCGCACGAAGCUUAUAAACACGCAACUGAUAUCGCUCAGACUGAUCUUGCCCCAACCCAUCCAAUCCGUCUCGGACUUGCUCUAAAUUUUUCUGUCUUCUACUACGAAAUUCUCAAUUCGCCCGAUCGUGCUUGUCAUCUUGCCAAGCAAGCAUUCGAUGAUGCUAUUGCUGAGCUCGAUACUCUAAGUGAAGAAUCGUACAAGGACAGUACAUUGAUUAUGCAAUUGCUGAGAGAUAACUUGACUCUUUGGACUUCUGACUUACAAGAUGAAGGAGAGAAACCAGAAGAAGCUAAACAAGAAGUCGAAACUGAAGAUCCCAAGUAA